GAAAUUGCCAAACACCAGAUCCUUUGUACCCACCGUUGACGCUACCACCAUUGCUGCCACUGCCUACUUCGAGAGCAUAAAUACUUACCUUGUUCACCCUAAUUGUCCCAAACCCGCCGCCGCGGCUUCAUAAAACUUACUCGAGAGGAUGUCGGUAUCCGCCGCCGUAGAAAGAACGCUGUUCAAAGACAAAAAUGGCGGAGCAACGCAUUUCUCAAUCAUCAAACACCGUUUCUUAAGCUGCUUAAUCUGGCAAGCACUUCAUUCCACUCUUUUACUUUUUCUCUCCAAAACCCUUUUCCUUUCCCCCUUUACUCGAUCCCCUUAUACUCCCAAUUUCCUUUCCCUCUUCUAUUUUCUUUCCUUCCACUUCUCUCUUCUCCUCUUCGCAAUUUCCGUCUUCUUCCUCUCUUCCCCGAACCCACAUCCCUCCGCUUCUCCAUUCGACCUCCUCCUCAGCUUGGCUCGGCUUCUUUUCAUUUCCAGGGGCUCGGCUGAGCCGGAACUAAGGAGAAAAAUUCGGGUGUCACUGAGCUAUGUUCUGUUUGUGAGCUUGUGCGCUGAGGCGGGGGCAGUUUCCUUAAUUUGCGUGUGCUGGGGUUGUGACGUUUACAACGUAGAAUCGAGGUCUAGAUGGUAUUUUGUUUAUGGAAAGUUGGGGUUCAGAGGUUUUGUGGUGGGAUUUUUCUAUGGGUUGCACUAUGUGUGUAAGCAGCGCUGGCUCUUGCGGUUUCCGAUUAUUCAGCGUCCUCCUUUCUUCAGCUUCAAGAUAGGUCUUCCCUUAGCUGUUGGGCAAGCUUUAAAGUUUUCAGCUGCUGGUUACCUGUUAUCAGGCGUGCUAGCUUUUUUCCUACCUAACGGAUAUACAAGUCAGGAUACAACAGGAAAGUUCAUCAGCGAGCAGAUUAUCUUCUACAUUGGAAGCUUUGUAGCGAUUCUUUGUUGGGAAUUAAGUCAUCAUUUACAUCAGGUGAUACACACGAAGAGGUUUGUAUUUGCACCCCCAAAAGGCUCAGCUGCGGCAGAAACAAAUCCAAGUGAACUGCUUCUUGACACUCUUGAGGAGAGCACACCAAAAUCUCUUUUGCAUCAUCUUGCUUAUCUUGAUCUAUGUAUGUUAUGUGAAAGUAAUGUUGAUACAUGGCGCCGAGCGGCAUUCUUUGAAGAGACUGGCACUACUUAUAAAAGAGUUAUAGCUGUAUGCCUGAGGCCUCUGGAACAGCUAACUCUAAAGCUAAAUGAAAGUCUAGAUAGUUCUUCAAUUGAGAACUCCUUCCAGCUGUCCAGCCAGUUACAUACACCCGCAAUGGGACCUGAAUAUUCUAAAGUCUGUGAAUCAUUUUACGACAUACAGCUAUGUACCUGGUGUGCCCGGAUUGUUUCAUCGUUGACUGCACGUUCACACAAGGAGGACAGAUUUGGGAUUGCUCAACUCUCUGGAAGUAAUGGUGCUGUUAUCUCCUCCUUAUUAUCUUGUUUGCUGGCUGUUGAAACCCUCAUGGGAAAGAAGACCCACUUACAGUCCCCACGUCAGCUGAUGGGUCCUGCUGAAAUUAGAUGGGCAACAGUAAGCACACAGAGAACAGACUCUACCAUAGGUGCCACAGGAAAAAGAAGGGAGAGCCCUUUUUAUGCCAAAGCAUAUGGAAUCGCUGAUAUUUUGCGGACUUCAAUGUACUGCGUUGUAUCUGCCUUCCAUGAUGAGAUGCUCAACAGUUCAAAAGCAGGACAUCUUGAGAAGGAUUGGGUCAUUAGUGGUAAGCCUCUCUAUGGAACCCGUGAGCUCCUUUUACAGAAAUUGCUUCUUUUCUUGGAUUACCAAGCUUAGCCUGUGGCUCAAUUAAUGAUGAUUAUCCUCUCAUUCCAUGUGGAUACAAAUUUUGAAUUGUAACUUUUCGGGAUUCUUGCAAUGAGUUAAUUUGAGGGUUUAAAAAAAAAAAGAGAGAGAGAGAGAGGCAGGCAGUAUACCGUGUAAUCCAUUUCUCUUGAAUACUCACCAAAAGUUCCAUCGAUCUGUGAUUAUAUGGUAUAAUUUCAGAAUGUUAACCAAGCUUUUGUUUUUGGCCAUGGACAUUU